AUGCCUGAAUUGAAUGCGGUUCACAACCAGCGUUUGGCUCAACCGGCUGGUUCUGAUACGGAAGUUGCGAGUUAUGCGAGAGCGCGUGCUCUGUGGAAGGAAGCGGUGAUGACUCGUGACGAUCUGCCGUCUUAUGAGCGUCUGUUGACUCAGGACCGUUUCAUGUCCGUGCCACUCGGUGAGGGUGUGACGAGUUGGUGGCGUGAUACAGUGGAUCACAUACACUCGACCACGGAGAGAGUGGCUCGUGACUACAAUGCUCUGACGCGUGUAUUGAACGAUACUUACUGUAGCCACCGUUUCUGCAUGGGUGCGGCGGAGGCUGCUAAGUUUCACGUGCAACAGAUCGAGGCCAGAGCCAACUUCCAGCGCGCCCGUUACGGUCCCCAGUCCGACUUGUCUGCCUGCCAGCGGGCGUUGGACGACAUGUACGAGUACCUAGAACUCGUCAUGUCCAGAGAUGCCGAGGUCACCAAACUCGCCGACGACGUGUUCGACGAGUGGGAGGUGGUCAUGAACAUCAUGCGCAAUCUCAUCAAGGUGGACCAGGCCACCCAUGAGGCUGCCGUCAAGGGAGAAUCUCAAUCCAGGGCAAAUGAAUUGCUAGCCCAAGCGGCAGUGCCCCACUACACCAUUCCCGGCUACGCGCCUCUCGACCUUCCCGAUGAGGUAGACAAGUCCCUGUGCGGGAACGUUCCCAGCUUCAAGGACUUCUACCACAGCAAGUACGGUAAGUACAAGCUUGGAGGAGACAACUAUGUACUGAUUGAGAAACCCCAUGGAACCGAGCCCUUCAUAGCCCAUCUGGACUGUUGGCCCAUGUUCCCGGAACCCUUUGAGGGCUUCAAGAGAAGAAGAAGCGGUUCAAAACCGACCAAACCUUUCUCUUUGGAAGUCAUGGAAACCUUUGGAUCCAUCGUGGAAGGAGUAAGAAAAUGCUUCAACGUCGACCUGGGCAACUUUGGCAUCGACUACUUCGUCCCCUCCCCAGCUGUGGAUGAGUCCAACGUACCCGCCUCUCUUGAGCUGGCCGGUAGCGGUGACCAAGUCUUCAGCGACCAAAGCUCUCUCGAGCCGAUGACGCCCACGCAAGCGGCCCCCAAGGAAGUGGUGCCCACGCAAGUGGCACCCAAGGAAGUGGUGCCCACGCAAGCGGUACCCAAGGAAGUGGUACCCACGCAAGUGGUGCCGAAGCAACCCCCCAUGGCCUACGUUACCAUUGAGCAGGAGGUGUCCGACGCCAUUAAGGCCGCGUCUGCCCGGUCGGCCCCGGAGUCGGUUCGCACCCCUAUGUCUGGCAGUGGUGCACGUAACAAUGGUGCAAACAAAAAUGCGACUGCCAAGGGUGGCGUCGGAGCCGAGGCGAGGGUUGACGGAAAUGUUGUGAGCACUGGUGCCGAUGGUCUGAGUCGUAUUUUGGGAUGGGGCCAGUCAGCGCUUAGUUUUGUGAAGAGUCACUUUGUGGAGGAGGAGCCGAAACGUCUGAGACGUGAGAAGAUGAACAGAGAAAGAGGGGUGGAGCCUGGUGCUGCUGCCCGCGGCCGCGGAGGCAGUCUGUUCCCCCCGGGCCUGAAGGCUUACAAGUUCAAGCUGGGAGGUGAAGCGGAGCCGGUCGAUCUGCAAGCCGUGUACGGGUUCAGAAAAGAUGUAAACCUGUAUCCCGGCCAGACGGCGAGAUCUGGGGCACUCUGUUUGGGAGAAGUGAAGCGCGUGAACGCCGACGAGGACUCACCCUCAAACCGUCCCGAGCCGAUCGUCCGCUACAACCAGACGGUGGGCCUGGUCCCCACUAGGGCGCUGAAGCAUGCCGAGUUCUGGGGCUACGGUGGAAAAGAACAGUCCGACGAGGAGUGGCCUAAGGUGACUCUACGUCAGCUGAGAUGGCUGAGACUCUUCUACCACAGUCCGUACGUCUACGGAAUCGAGAGAGAGGAGGAGGAGGAAGCGACCGUGCUGGACCCUUGGACCGGUGAAAGCGUCCCGGUUUCCAAAUACCAGGACUAUAACACGGAGCUGAGGCACAGAGCAGAGGCCAACAUGGUGCCGCCGGCAGCGAACAGGUCAGCCGCCAACAGGUCAGUUGUCAACCAACCGGCAAAUGAUGGCGCGGCAAAUAAUGGUGCAGCGACCACUCUUGGUACCACAACGGUUCUUAGCGCGCCGGUUCGAAGCCCAGGGCAGACUGGAAGCGCGGCCGCAAGCCCAGCCGCGCCUGCCAGUCCGGCCCACAUCAGGAGCCCGAGAAAAGUGGACGAGAGCUCCCGCGCCAGAUGCAUUCCCAAGACGGAGCUGCCAGUGUUCGCCCCGCCGCCGCAGAACUCCGCCGCGACCAGUACCUAUAACCCGGGUCCAGGUGUAAGACCAGUGCCCGAUAUUCCGAGACUGAAAUUUGACCCGCCGAGCGACACCACACCCGUCCAAGGAACGCCUUUCCAGUCGACCACGGCACAGAUGCCGAACGGCCCAGUCCAGCAGAGAAGAAGCCACACCUGCGCCGCAGGCGGCUAUUCUCCGCCUGAACCUCAAAUGCAAGAACGCCAGAUGCAAGAACGCCAGAUGCAAGAACGCCAGAUGCAAGAACGCCAGAUGCAAGAACGCCAGAUGCAUGGACGCCAGAUGCGUGGACGCCAGAUGCCAGCACCCCAGAUGCACGGCCGCGCUGGUCACCAUACGACUAACGCUUACGACCGUGGUGCUGCACCGGUCUAUGACCGUAGCUACAGUGGCUACGGCUCUCCAGCGAUUCCGGGCAUGCCUGUUGCAGGCAGUCCGUCCCACGCCUACCCCCCCAGUCCUUCAUACGCCGCGUCUUCAUAUGCCCCCUUCUCCUACGCGGGACCUUCGUACACCACCUCUUCACCCUCGUACGCUAGCCCCUCUUACGUUGGCCCCGCAUAUGGCGGCCCCUCCUACUCCAGCCACUCCUACCCCGACCCGGCCGUGGCGUCGUACCCAAUCAACUUGCCUCCUGAGGUCUACCGCCAGCCCGGCACUGGCCUACCGGUGUACGCACCGGUGAGCAGGCCUGGGCACAAGGUGGACUACUACAGCGAGGCAAAGCGUCUCGGCAUUCGCACGAUCGAGCACAUCUAG